CUCCUCCCCUCUGCUCCCUCCCGCAGCACGGGGUGAUUGUGGCAGAUGAGGAGGAAUAUUUCAUCGAGCCCCUGAGCCCCGGGGCCAACGUCAGCGUGGGCAGCGAGGCCAAGGGCAGCCCCCACGUCGUGUACAAGCGCUCGUCUCUGCAGUACCCUCACAUGGAUGCAGCCUGCGGGGUGAUGGACGAGAAGCCCUGGAAGGGGCGGCACUGGUGGCUCAGGACCCUCAAACCAUCCCCUCUGAAGCCCUCGGGCAACCACAGCCAGCGGGGCCAGCUGCCCCUCAAGAGGUCGGUGAGCACCGAGCGCUACGUGGAGACGCUGGUGGUGGCCGACAAGAUGAUGGUGGGCUACCACGGCCGCAGGGACAUCGAGCAGUACAUCCUGGCCAUCAUGAAUAUUGUUGCCAAACUUUUCCAGGACUCGAGUCUGGGCAAUAUUGUCAAUAUCCUGGUGACCCGGCUGAUCCUGCUCACCGAGGAUCAGCCCACGCUGGAGAUCAACCACCACGCCGGGAAAUCGCUGGACAGUUUCUGCAAGUGGCAGAAAUCCAUCGUCAACAGGAACGGCAACGGCAACGCCAUCCCCGACAACGGCAUCGCCAACCAUGACACGGCCGUGCUGAUCACCAGGUGA